CUCCGCGCCGAAGCUGAAGACGAGCUCUCUGUCCAUCCUUUCACAGUGAGAUUCGGGGGCCAUGCUGGUGAGAUACUAUCUUCAGGUGGACCCUCAGGAUACAGUGACUAUCAACAAGAGUUGUCACACAUACCGGAUAGCUCAGAGAAUAUAUGGGCACCAUUCAGAUCGCAGAUAGAUUGGGAAAUUGCAAAAUGGGCGAAGCUCAGGGGACCAAGUUCUACUGCUUUCUCAGAGCUUUUGGCCAUUGCUGGAGUGUCAGAUGCUCUUGGGUUGUCAUACACGAAUACCAGGGAGCUCAACCACAUUGUUGAUAAGCAGCUACCAGACCGUCCAAGGUUCAAACAUGAACAGGUCAUCAUUGACAACCAGGCUUUUGACCUAUUUUCACGGGAUAUCAUCCAGUGUAUCAAAGACUUAUGGGGUAAUCCAGAGUUUGCAUCGAUUUUGGUAUUUCAACCAGAGCAACACUACACCAAUGAUACUCGUUCGACACGUCUAUAUCAUGAUAUGCACACAGGACAAUGGUGGUGGAACACACAGGAACAGGUUGAACAUGACAACCCUGGUGCUACAAUUGUCCCCAUUAUCAUCAGCUCAGACAAAACCCAACUUACCCUCUUUCGCAACAAAUCAGCAUAUCCAGUAUAUCUGACUAUUGGCAAUCUACCAAAAGCAACACGAACCAAGCCUUCGCGUCAGGGUCAAGUACUCUUGGCAUAUUUACCAGUUACCCGUCUUGAGCAUAUGACAAACAAGGCUGCCCGCCGGCGAGCACUUGCAAAUCUAUUCCACGGUUGCUUGGCUCACAUUCUUGAACCGUUAUCACAAGCUGGAAUCCACGGAGUACCGAUGACCACUGGAGAUGGUGCAACAUACCGUUGUCAUCCAAUAUUUGCAUGCUUUGUGGGUGAUUAUCCUGAACAGAUGUUGGCGGUCUGCUGCAAGUAUGGUGAAUGUCCUGGUUGUGAUAUUCCCCAUAGCGAACUUGGAAGUGGCGAGCUUGGCGAUGAUCGCAAUAUGGAUGCUAUACUGGAUGCUCUGGAACUAGCAGAGGAAGGCGGUCCUGCGUUCACACAGGCAUGUCAAGAAGCUGGUAUAAAGCCUAUUUACCACCCAUUCUGGCAAGAACUCCCUUAUACCAAUAUUUUUCAGUCUAUUGUUCCAGACAUCUUGCAUCAACUGUUGCAGGGAAUACUCAAGCACGUUCUUGCUUGGAUCAAAGCUGCCUAUGGACCCACAGAACUAGAUGCUCGAUGUCGACGGAUGCCUGCCAGUCAUGGGAUGCGUCUUUUUACACAGGGUAUAUCGAGUUUGAGUCAUAUCUCAGGAUCUGAACACCGCCAGAUAUGCAGCAUUAUUCUUGGUCUAAUUGUUGACCUCCCCCUUCCACAUCAUAUGCAAUCAUCACGCCUCAUACGUGCGGUGCGCAGUAUUCUGGACUUCUUAUAUCUGGCCCAAUAUCCCUGUCACUCAACACACACCCUCGAUGCAUUGGAAACUGCCUUGAACUGUUUCCAUGAAAACAAGUCAAUCUUCAUAGAUCUUGGCAUCCGUGCACACUUCAACUUUCCAAAGUUGCACUUCGCAUCCCAUUAUCGACCUCUUAUUGAACGGUUUGGCACCACAGAUAACACCAAUACCGAAACAACAGAAAGGCUUCAUAUUGAUUUAACCAAAGAUGCAUACCGUGCUACAAACAAAAAGGAUGUUUAUCCACAGAUGACCAUAUGGCUGGAGCGCAAGGAGAAGAUUCUCCGACAUUCAUCCUUUGUCCAGUGGCGAUUGGAAGGAGUCUCACCUGCCCCCACUCCGAGUCGAGCACAGGGUCACCAAGCAUAUCUGGCUAGGAUUCAUGUAGCCAAAAAUCCAUCCAAGGCUUCAGUGUCCUUCUCUGAUUUAGAGACCAACUACCAUGCACCGGAUUUCCUACAUUAUCUACAGCGGUAUAUUGCCAACACCAAUAAACCUGGGCUUACAGCUGCACAAUCCUAUGAUGCUGCAUUUGAGCAACAUGUUCCAUUUACCAAGGUCCCUGUUUAUCACAACAUAAAACUCACUCAUCAUAAUCCACACUUGUACUCUGAAGGACAUGAUAUUCAGGAUACACUACAUGCCAACCAGUCAAGAAGUGAUGCAGCUUUAAUCAAAAUCAAGAAUGAAUGUGGUCCAGGAGUGAAUGGUACUUAUAUCUUCAGAGAGUUGAUAUAUAGAGGACUAACAAUAACUAUAGGUUACCGUGUGGCACAAGUCAGGGUUGUUUUCAAGAUCCCAAAGAAAUAUCAGGCUUCGAUUUUCAAACCAGGAAGUUCGCCUGAACCCCACCUUGCCUACAUCGAAUGGCUCUCACCAUUUCGCUCUCCACAUCCUAACCAUAGGAUGUACCAGUUAUCACGUGCAUUAGAGUGGGAGGGAACAGAAUGGGAGACAAGACAUGCUGAGAUUAUACCUCUCAGCAGGUUGCAUCAAGUUGUGCAUUUGAUCCCACAGUUUGGUCCUCAGGUGCCACGUGAAUGGACCUCAUCAAGUUCUAUAGAACUAGCUUCUUCCUUCUAUGUGAACUGUUUCAGGAAUGCACUUGCUUAUAAGACUAUU